CCUGCGAGCCGAACAUGGCGUUCGCGUCCACCCUCUGAACCGCAGCUCGGCCGUUUGCGGGCACGAUCAGCCAUGAAAACAACUUUAAGCAGUUUAUCGAUACAGCUGUAGAUUAGAAGAGAGUUUUACAACAGAGGCAUGGCAGUGUAAUUUUAUACUCAGUUUUUACAGGAGGUGUAACUUAGCUAGCUAGCUAGUUGGCUAGCUGGCUGCUACGCUAGCUGCGCGUUGGCAAACUCCGCCGCGCCAGGGAGCAGCGCUGACUGGGAGAGAGUUGUGAAGUGUUGUGGACAUUGAAGCGGCAGUGUGAUCUGUCCGGGAGAGCUGUGCUCGCUUUGCGCUGAAAGUGCGAUCGGACGCGGAAGAUGGCCCAGUCGCCGGUGGCGGUGCAGGUUCCAGGCAUGCAGAACAGCCGGGCCGACCCCGAGGAGCUCUUCACCAAGCUGGAGAGGAUCGGAAAGGGCUCCUUCGGCGAGGUCUUCAAGGGCAUCGACAACCGUACGCAGAACGUGGUGGCCAUCAAGACCAUCGACCUGGAGGAGGCGGAGGACGAGAUCGAGGACAUCCAGCAGGAGAUCACCGUGCUCAGCCAGUGUGACAGCCCCUACGUCACCAAGUACUACGGCUCCUACCUGAAGGGCACCAAACUCUGGAUCAUCAUGGAGUACCUGGGAGGGGGCUCGGCUUUGGACCUGCUGCGGGCUGGCCCUUUUGAUGAGUUCCAGAUUGCCACCAUGCUGAAGGAGAUUCUGAAGGGGCUGGACUACCUGCACUCUGAGAAAAAAAUCCACAGAGACAUCAAAGCGGCGAAUGUGUUGCUGUCGGAGCAGGGAGAGGUGAAGCUGGCUGACUUUGGCGUGGCUGGGCAGCUGACCGACACGCAGAUCAAGAGGGAGACGUUUGUGGGCACUCCCUUCUGGAUGGCCCCGGAGGUCAUCCAGCAGUCGGCCUACGACUCCAAGGCGGAUAUUUGGUCCCUGGGCAUCACAGCCAUUGAGCUCGCCAAGGGGGAGCCCCCCAACUCUGACAUGCACCCCAUGAGGGUCCUGUUCCUCAUCCCCAAAAACAACCCCCCCACUCUUAACGGCGACUUCAGCAAGAGCUUCAAGGAGUUUGUGGACUCGUGCCUGAACAAAGACCCCGCCUUUAGACCCACAGCCAGGGAGCUGCUGAAGCACAAAUUCAUCGUGAAAAACGCCAAGAAAACAUCGUACCUGACGGAGCUGAUCGACCGUCUGAAACGCUGGAAAGCGGAGGGACACAGCUCUGACGAGUCCAGCUCCGACGACUCUGACUCGGAGUCCAGCAAUAAGGAGAAUGACUUGUCACAGCCUGAAUGGUCCUUCACCACUGUUCGCAAGAAGAAGCCCGACUCCAAGAAGCUGUCAAACGGGACGGGUCAGGAGCUCCUGAAGUCCAGCAGCCUGGCGGGCGUGAUCGCUCCUGUGAUCAUGGAGCUGAAGCUGCAGCGUGGGAGUGGGGAGAAGGAGAGAGGAACCUUGGAGGAGCUGGAGAAGAGCGUCCGUCUGGCCGAGGACGUCUGCCCAGGCAUCACCGACAAGAUGGUGAACCGGAUCAUCGACAAGUUCAAGAAGUUUUCAGCCAGUUAAUGUGGAGGAGGAGCUGAGGCCAGCAGGAGCUCGCCUGUACAUUUGUGAAUAUCAUACCCAACAGAAACAGAAGCACAUUCUUAGGAUUUUCCUUUAAAUAUAUAUCUUUAAUUUUUUAUUGUUGGCUUCAAGUUGGUGUGAGAGGCUGAUAAGUGGCUUGUGCAGGAAGAUGCAUCAAUACCAUCUUUUUAUUAUUAUUUUAUUUUAGUUAUAGGUUUUAAGUUGGAAAUUAAACUGUGUAUUAAAGUUUAAACACUGAUCUUCUGCUGAGCAUAAGACAUGUUCUCUUAUUUUGAACUUUAUUUUAUUAUUACUUGGGUUUCACUGCUAUAGAAUAUAUAUUGUUUCUCUGGUUUCAGUGCUAUAUAUUUAAGUUGUAGAGUUGUGACAAUCGGUCAGUUUAGACGCCAGGCUGUGUGGCGCCUCCUAGUGGACUUCGUAAUAUAGGACACUAUCUGAUGUAGAUUACACAACCUGCUGUACAAAAAACAUGCAUAUCUAUUUAGCUAAUCAUUUGGAAUAAAAUACCUCACAGUUACGCCGAAAACAAUCCAUUAACAAGAAGCGUGAGAGAAGCGAAUAUCGAUCAAAUGGGAGUGUGUCGUCGGAGGGCAGGGUCACCCCAGGCAGCUCUGACUCCCCCAGCUCUCUCCCGCCUCUCUGGAAGUGUGGAUCUCACCUACGCUCUGUCUGUUAGAAAGGGGGAAUUUUAUUACCUUUAAAAUUUUUGAGUUUCUCUUGAGUGAGGGUGUUGCAGUCCCUCUUCCUCCCUCUCUGAAAGCCUGUGGUGUGCGAACACUUGAUCUCAACAUCAACCAAUGAACUGAGGAAGUUCAGUGUUAAAAACAACAGGUGCAGAGUGAGUGUUUCUCCUCCCCCUUUUUUUCUGAAAGUUUGCAGUCUUAUAAAAAAAAAAACAGAAAUCAAUCUGCCAAGCUCUCAGCUGAACCCAAACCCAGCUCUGAACGAGGUGCCAUCGCGCGUCUUGGCGGUGACACUGCCCCCUAGUGGCAAGGAGGAACUAUGCCAACUUGACAUCCAACGGUGCCUAAAACUAAAGAAUUGUACUGAACUUCUCUAUUUUACUGUCUUUGUAUCUGAAAUUGCUUUAAAAAUAGUAGUAAUAAUUGUUGCCAGACUGUUUGGAAUUUUUGAAAGCAAUAAUGUUUGGAUAUAAGAUAUUUUUAUAUUUCUGUACAACAA